AUGAGCGCAGCGGACGUGUUCAACUUCCAAUCGCCUUACGUAGGAUACGCCGGUCAGCAGGUUACGUCGAUCGCCGGUGCCAACGAUCUGUAUCCGUUCGCCGAAGGACACUACGCACAGAGGCACUACCUACCGAGUCCGGCCUACACGGGCACCGUCAAUGAAGGGGACAGCAGCAGGAGCAGUGUCAACCUCGAGCACGACAGUAGCACCUCCGAUAGUGACGUCCUUACGAACGCUGGGGCUGCCGGUGCCGUGAAAAGCAAAGCCAAACGGGGCGGCUCACUUCCGACGGUCGUGAGGAAAACCCGACGCUUGGCGGCCAACGCACGCGAACGGAAGCGCAUGAAGGGGCUGAACGAGGCGUUCGAUCGGUUGCGCCAGUAUCUGCCCUCACUCAGCAACGAUCGACAGUUUUCCAAGCACGAAACCCUGCAGAUGGCACAGACGUACAUUAGCGCAUUGGUGGAACUGCUCGAAUGA